CAGUGCUGCGAUCAGAUGGCGGCGUGUGAGAGGAAGCGAGCGCUGCUGGUGAAGCUGCUGACAGACGCGCUCAGGACGCAGGAGAGCAAGCUGGAGCGCCUGAGAUCGCAGGUGGAGAUUGCGCGCACGCAGUCGGAGAUAGCAGCCAACCUGCGCAAGCGAGCCACGGAGGAGGAUGCUGCCCGUGCCUCUGCUGGCCUCACUGCCGCAGCCAACCCCUCCGCUGCUGCGGCUGCUGCCCCUGCCACCACUGCUGCUGCACCAACACCAUCCGCCGCUGCAUUCUUUGCAGCCCCUCAGGGCACUCCUGCAGCAGCUGCCCCUGCCGCUACUGCUGCUCCUGCUGCUGCUGCCCCCGCCUUCGUUCUUCCCGGGUUCCAACCUCCACCAGGCACGCCUCCUGAGAUGGUUGCUGCUGCUGCUGCAGCCGCUGCCGCCGCCGCUGCUGCAGUGAACAGCUCUCAAGCCUCUACCCCUGCUGCUGCUGCCGCUGCCGCUGCUGCCGCCGCUGCUUCUGCUGCGGCUGCCGGCAAUCCUGGUUUGCCGGUUGGUCUUGCUGCAUCGGCAGGCGCGGGUGCCGGAGCUGGUGGGGUUACCGACGCUGAGCGGGAGGCUCGGCGGAAGCGGGCGGCGGAGCUGACGAGCCAGCUGGUAGCUUCGGCAUCAUCUGCCGCGAUUUUGAAAUCUGUUCUUUCGUCGUUUGCAGCUGGGAAAUCAGUGGCAGCAGGAGCCGCCGCCGCCGCUGCUGCUCCGGCUGACGCUGCUGGUGCAGGUGGUGGGGCGGAUGGUGGUGGUGGCGGUGCUGGGGGGUUACAGAUUCCAGGAGCACCAGUUUCUGGGGCAGAUGCUACAAACGACCCUUCUCAGCCACCUGAGAAGCGGCUGCGACCCACCGAUACAAGCACAAAGCCUCUAUCACACUCGUUUGCAGCCCCUCCCUCCACCGCCGCUACCUUCGCUUCCCCGAACCACGCAAUGUUCCCCCCGCCCCCACCCCCACUGAACAUGGAUGGCAUGCCGUUCCCCCCCUUGCCCCCUCCUCCCCCUCUCCCCUCUCAAUCCCCUCCUCCCCAACAGACCUCUGCUGCUAUGCCUCAGUAUUCUCUUGCUCCCCCUCCCCCUCCCUACACUGCUUAUUCUCCCAAUGCUGCCACUGGCGCUCCCCCCCCUGCGUAUAAUGUUCUAGGGCAGGGAAAUGGGGGUUAUCAGGGGCAAGGACAGAUGGGGCCAGGGGAAGGGGGUGUGCAAGGGGGUGAUUUUUCGGGGCAAAAUGGGGGAGUGUACAAUGCGGGGGGCAUGUCGUCUCAACAGUACAUGUACGGUCAGGCACCGAUGCAGUAG